AUGAGGCUGGAUGGGCUUAUGUUGCAGCGGCUGCCGACCGACUGGCAACAAAAGAUUCACCGCGAGUUCCAGACCAAGCUGCAGCUAUGUAUAGCGAACCCUGAGGAAGUGCGCAAGACAGCCGACUUCACGUGGCAGACACUCCUCCACGGAGUCGAGGACAGGGACAAGUUGGCGCAACGCUUCGGACCUCAUCUGGGUCAAUAUGCUGGGGACUUUGCGGAUUGGGUGUUGGAUUUCGUCGCCCAAGCGAUUCACCACUUCCAGACGACGGACUCCACUGUUGACGCAGCGGCAGGGUUCCCGAAGAGUUCGAUGAGGUCGACGCGACCGUUCACUUCUGCUGGAGUUCAUAGGGAAAGUGAUCGAAUGGACACCUCUGCCUAUCUUGGACCUACCGUGUCGAUAGGAUCCGGAGCUUCUGACGACAGUUUCUUCAACGACGUCAACCCACCGUCGUCGAGUAAUGCUGGUAGAACAGUGCCACCCCGUGUGGAGCCUGUUCGUCCAGAACCAAGAAUGGUUGGCGGGCUACCUAGCAUGCGCCGCGAUGUACCGCCGAUGGAUCCACCAAGUAACCGGCUUGGACCCGGGCCGUUUGGAUACGACCCCCGGGCCGAGAGCUUCGGGCCAAGCAGUGGGAGUAGCCGUAGUGGGACGGUUCAUGCGCCCAGCAUGGUCUCCAGAAGCGGCAGCUUCCGCAGCCCAACUCAUAUGGCAACGCCCGAACCUAGGAUGCAUGAUCCCCUGGACGAGACACUGGAUAAUCUGAUUAUGAAGCAGAGGAUGGACAGAUUGCAUGGACGCGCAGGAGCCCCGCUUGGUGUAUUGACGCGUAGCAGCAAGUUCUCCCCAGUGGAGGGGGACUCAAAUUCACGUGGCUCGCCUCUAUCGCCGCCGUAUGACCACCCGAACGGCUACGUCAGGAGUCCCAGCAUGCGAGGGAUGCCGUCUGAUGACUACAAUUAUUCGCCAGGCGCCGCCCCCGCCAGGAUUCCGAAGACCUUGGAGGUUCCACGUGCUGUCCGAGGCUCCCUUCUUGGGCGUGGCAGUGCUUGCAGCAGGGUCGGUGCCCUUGGCAGCCCCUUUUGCGACCUUAGUGGCAGUUUCCUCAUCAUCUUCGCCGUCGAUGGUACCCCUGAUGAACCUCGAUGA